AUGAGGAUCCACAAAGUGCUCAUGCUAGAGCUCUUCUUUGAUCGCUUGGAAGGACCCAACGACAGUCGCUGUGUUUUCAAAGAGGAUCCAAAAAGUACUGGAGGGCCGUCGAAAGGUGCGAGCGAAACGUUCCGACGGACUUACGAGAAGAAGAAAGGUCAGCAGUGGAGACGUGCGCUGGACGAGUACAUGGGCAUCAAACACGGCAGAAGAACGAAGAUCAGGCAAUUUGAGCGUCCUGCUCACAUCAUCUCCAUCUAUGGACACUCCCUCGACAGCGUCUUGCCUGGCCUGGAAUAUGAUAUCGAGAAUCGAGAAUUGAGCUUCCAGUGGGAGCCAAUGCUUGCGGCCUUUUUCUCGGAGCAGCACGAAUUGAAUCGCCGCAGUGAAGGACUCGAAAGCUACUCAGAACUGGCGGAUCAAUUCGCUGCUGAGCAGAUCCAACCGUACAGUGGACAUCUACGAUUCGCUUUAAUGGCUGUUAAAUUGCAAAAGGCGGCCGCCGCGAAGGAGAAGGUUAUGCUUCGGGUCCGUCGACAGCGUAUCAUGAAGCAGUAUCGGGAGUUCUAUACAGAGGAGCGCAUUGACAAAGACUAUGACGUAGACGCUCACGAUGAAGCGGUUCAUGUUGGCAAGGUCGUUGCUGUCGACGGAGCUGGCACUGGGCGCGAGCGCACGGGCAGUGGCAUGACUAACGAUGCUUCCGACGAGGACAGUGCCGAUGACCAGGACGAGCAAGAGAACGAUUCGGAAGCCGAGGAAGACGAUGACCCAGACUACGCCUCAGUAUCUUCUGGUGGCGAUCCUAUCGAGGGCGAAAGGGCAGAUGAAUACCAUGACCUUUCCGACAUCGAUUGA